AAUUUUUUCACGAGUUCAUGUGCUAACAUGGCCGCCUCGUGUUUGUUGAAGAGAUGGUGCUCCACAGCAGCUACAGUGACAACCAAGGGCACGAGGUGGCAAAGACUAAUAAAUAGUCGUGCAGGUGCGUGGUGCCGUGGUCUUUUAAGUGAUUAUAAGGAGGCUUGCCGUGAGGUGGUGGUGGGGGCACGGGAGCGACCCCUCAAAGCAUCUGUCUACAUAGGUCUGCUUGGAGGAUUCUAUGCCUGUUAUUGUACCAACCCCGAUGAUGCUUCUUUCGAGACCAGCAUCCUAGAAACAUCCAACCGUCUGGCUCUCCUGUCACCAUGGAUACGCAAUGGCACCUCAGAUGGGCACGUCCAGAGCCUGAUGAAGCUGCGAAACGAGGGCAGACUGCGCUACGCCAGAGUGGGCUUUGCCUCUUUGACUUAUUACACAGACAACGACCCUGUAUCCAGUCUGUACGAAGCACAGUGUUCUGUAAUGUCUGUGCCAUGGGCGGAGUUGCCCAAACGGGUACUGGAUGUGGGUUUCGUGGGACGCUGGUGGGUGCUUCAUCAUAAAAUGAAGGAUUAUGAUAUUAAUGAGGAGGAGUUUAGACAUCUGCCUCCAGCUCUGGUGGCUACAGUUCCACCAUCACCCCAGAUAACUGAGAAAAAUGAAAAACUGCAUCAAGAUUCAUUGAAGGCAGUGGUGAUGGACGAUGAGAGCGGCGUGUCAGAUAGUAUACAGAAGCAGGAGGACACGUCUGUUGAAGGAAAGCAGAUGAGCAAUACAACAUAGAGGACACUGAAAAUGUGAACGUAGUACUGCACCCCUCAUAUGAACCCCAAAAUCCCAAAAAAUAUUGUGUUUUGACAAAAUAAAUUAAAGUAAAUUAAAUGUCAGGAAAGCACCAUGUAGAAUGUUAUGUUUUACUUUUUCUGCUAAAUGUGUGAAACUAACUGUUUAGAUUAUCAAGAACUAAACAAUUGCAGUGAACUUCAAUGGUAUAUUGUUAAUAGCAGAACACUGUUUAAACUGACAUUAUAUGUUCUCAAUUGUGUGUCUUUUAUGUUACAUUUUUAUAUAAUAAUUUUCACCUUUGAGUAAGAAUUUCACAUAUGAAUUUUUAUGUUAGUGUGAGUCAAAAUGUGUAAUGUGUGAAUGAAGAAAAACGUUAAUCCUUAAAGUGUUGUGUCUGGUACAUCAACCAAUCAUUGGUUUAAAAAAAAAAAAAAGAGUAAAUUACGCACAAACCUACCCAUUGGGAAAAAUGAACCCUGAAAUUGUUCAUAAUUGACUUAACAAUUGGCUAAAACAACCCAGCAUAUGUUAAUUUAUAACCCAGUUAUCCCUUUUUUUUAUUGAAAGUAACCCAAUUUCUUUUUUUUUUUCUUUUUUUGACUUAGGUGCCACAUUUAAAGAAACUAAAUGUGCAAUCUCAAUGGUGCAGGUGUGCUAAACUGAUAAUUUUUCUUCUCUGAAUAGAAGGGUAUUGGCUUUUUUAAGUAAGCAUUGAUGCCAUUGCUGCCUCUUAUAAAGGCUUCCAGAGCUAAUUAUUUCCAUUAAUCGCAUUACCUCUGACUGACCUACUAUGUCCGUGGAUAACUUUGAUUAAUUUUCAAGGGAAAUCCUCCUUCAGAUUAAUCUCUUUACUCUUCCUCUCUCUGGAUUGUCUUCCUCUAUUAGUCCCUCACUUUCUCCCGGUGCAGUCCUUCUUAAGAUGGUUGGUAUUGAUUUGCUGGCUCGUGGAGCUGCAUUCGGCUGUUUUUUCUGAUUGGUGUCUUCGCUCCUGGAGAGGAUUGUUCAUUCUGACCGUGCAGGUUUCUUGCAAUAAGAAUGUGAACGCUGUGAGGUUGCAGCUGUGUUAUGCUGUAGUAAAUGCGACUUAACCUGUUCAUGUCUAGUUAGACCAGAUCGUAUUUUUCAGUAAAAGGAAAAAUAAUGAAAGUAAAGCAUUGUGUGCACUUAAUGAUGCAAAGCACUUAAGAUGUGCUAAUGAAUGUGUGCAGGCUAAAGGGUCUUAGCUUUGUAACUUAACCUCACUACAUAAAUGGCAGGGUCAAUGUAGAAAUAAUAACGUCAUUAGAGUGCAUUUACAAACUCUCUCUCUUUGAAAGAAAUACUGCAUGUUACUUGAAAUGAGUAUUAAUGACUGGCUUGCCUCAGACGAAGGCUGAACCAUCUAAAAUCAUAUAAA